AUCUAUUAAGACUGCUCCUGUUAUCAUUUGCGGAGCAAACAGCAGUAUUUAAAUGAGGAUUUAGCGGCGCUGUUGCUUCGUCAUGGAGGGAUCCGGAGAGCCAGGUGGACGAAAACGUAAAAUGAAGUUCGAGCCAACUGAAGUCGAAAUAUUAGUGGAGGAGGCAAACAAAAAUCUAGCUGAGCUAGAGGGGAAGAAUUUAAAUAUCACCAGAAGGGCUGCAAUAUGGGAGGACAUCUGCAAAAAGGUAAAUGCAGUGGGACAAACAAAAAGAACUGCGGAUGAAGUGAAGAGGAGGUGGCACGAUCUGAGGAGGAGAACUAAAGGAAAAAUAGCCCAUAAUAAAAGAUCGGCAAAUAAGACCGGCGGGGGCCCAUCAGAAGAGAUUCCCCUGACCAAUGUUGAAGAGCAGGUUCAGCUCACCUUCUGCGAAGAGCAGAUAACAGGUGUGUCGGGGUAUGAUACGCUGGAGCAAGAUGCAGAGCAAGAUUUCGUUCCAGGGGUUCAGUCGCCACCUCAUUCUUCCCAUCAAGCCCAGGCAAGACCACCAGCAGCAGAGCCUCGAAAACAUUCCGAGGACAUGGAUGAAGAGCUGCUGCUGCAGCUAAAUAAACAGUCUGCAGUCCUUAAAGAUGGACUCUCAGCUGUUGCGCAAGAGAGCUGUCAGUUCCAGCGGCUCCAGAAUGCAGCAGCCAGAGCCCGGUCAGGGGACAGAGAGAACAAUUGAGACGCAGGCUGGAGGUGCGGUGCGCACUGUGCGUAAUCUGCGCAGGAGAAAAAUUGUAAAGAAAUAAAAUUAACUUCUGUUAAAUCAUGUGUGCUGUUCUUUAUUGAUUUAAAA